AUGGACCAAUUACAAAAGCGUCACGGGGCCCACCACCACGACAACGUCAAAUACGGAUAUGUGAUCUUCUGUGUCUCGGUGCUCUACGUGCUCAUCAUUGCCUUUUCCAACUUCAUGUUCAUGAAAAGAUGGAACAAGCGAGAUAGCCCACCGCACAGCUCGAUAUGGGGAAGACUAAGAUCGGUCGAGAGAUGGUGGAUCCACAUUGUUCUAUGGGUGGCCAUAAUUGUUGGCCUAACGUUUUUCAACAUAAAAGAGCCAAUUGAGCAGUCUCUGACAAUAAUCAAGAGACUUGGCCGCUUGGCGUUCUGUAUUGUUCCGCUCGAUGUGUUGCUAGUAAUUCGUCCCUCGCUUUUGACCAAUUCGUACUUGGAAUUAAUUACGCUUCACAAAUGGUUCUCGCGGGUGAUUAUAGCGACUUCGUUUGCACAUGGUCUUGGGUUUUGCGUGAAGUGGAUUCUUCAGGGUGUGUUUUGGAGUAAAGUGCUAGCCGUGAAAAACUUCCUAGGGGUGCUUACAAUUGUGCCUGCUCUUGCUCUACUUGUCAUCUCGGCGCGCCCAGUUCGUGAGAGAAUGUAUCGGUUGUUCUAUGUGUGGCACAAUGUGGUGGUGGUGUUGUUCCUAGUUCCGAUGUUCUGGCAUGCUCGGCCAGGUGUCUCAGACUUCAUCUUGUUGCUAGUGGUCAUGCUAGUAUUCCAAUUGUAUCAGAAACUCUCCUCUGUGCAUGCUGUGGGUAGUAUUCAGAUAGUGGACCAUGGUUCAUCGUCUUUGCAAAUGCUCAGGAUUCAGAAGCCUACAUACUUCCCUUCGACCUGGCUGGCAGGCUCCCAUGUAAGGCUCUCGUAUCCUAUGUCAGACGUGAAGUAUUGGCUUUUUCCAUCGCAUCCUUACACGAUUGCCUCUAUUCCCGAGGACCGGACGAUAGACCUAGUGGUUCGCAAGGGACUUCAGUUCCAAGUGUUUUCUUCUUUGAGCUACAGCUUAUCGAAUCCACAUGUGUCUUUGCCUUCUCUCUUCUUUGAAACUGCGCAGAAUGUUGUCAUUCUUUGCGGUGGCUCUGGCAUUUCAUUUGGCGCACCGCUUCUACGGGAAUUACAAACACGUUCCAAUAGAUCCGUAAAAUUAGUAUGGUGCAUAUCAAACAAAAAUGAUUUGUUUGUCUUGAAUGAGCUCAACAUCACUCUGUCUGUGGAAGUCUACGUCACAAGAGAGGUUGAUCGCAAUGAACUGGGCAAACAUUUCGAUGAACAGGCCGAUUCUUUGCUAACAAAUGAUGAGGCCUUCGAAAUGCGCACUUUGGAUCAAGAUCUGAUCAACUCCAGCGCUGAUCAAGCCGAUAAGCUGGCAUCAUCGAAGGAGAAGAUUGACCUUCGCUUUGGUAGGCCAGAUCUCAAUAGCAUAUUCACAAAUUUGGUGUCGACAGAAUCUUCUGAUAAUCACUGGGUAAUUGCUUGUGGGCCACAAGCUAUGAUUGAUGAAGCAAGUCAAUGGAGUCGGAGCCAAGGGGUUCUGUUCUUUUCGGAGCAUUACGGAUUUUAA